UAAAUAAUUUUUUUCUCGAGAAAAAUAUUUUUAAACAGCAAUGGAAUCGGAGAACAAAAAUUUUAAAGGUUCCACACUAAAAAAUAGCAGCCCGUUGUCCUCGCCAGAUAGCGAAAGUAGCUUUGUGGACGAAAAUGAAAAAAUUCAGAAGAAGGUUGAGUCUAGCUUAGAUAGUUCCGAAGAAAGCACAGCAUCUUCCUUGAAAAGAAGAUUGCGAGACUUGCCCUCUCCAAGUGAAAGCUCUCCAUUUCAUGAUGGUUCUGUUAUAUCAGGUCGUCUUCUUCGAAAGGAACGAGAUUUUUUUUAUCACUUACAAGAGCUUUCUAACAGUAUUGAGGAAAAAGACGAGACUGAAGUUAGUUCUGCAAGUUCUGAAACCCGAAUCUCUUCUGUGAUUGGCUCCAAAUUGAAAAAUUCACGUGCUAGAAAAAGGGCAAAAACUAUUGAUGCAAUUCAAAACAAAAAUGUCCAGUAUGGAUCAAAAUUGUUAACAGACAGUGAUAGAGAUUCAGUGUCCAAAAGUUCUCGAGGCUCCUCACUAAAAACAAUGAUUCCGAAAAUAGACAAUCGAGAAGAUUCAGAAUGUUCUCAAAAUUCUUCAAGGUGUGGAGAUUCUAGUGGAAGAAGAUUACGAUCUAGUAAUAUUGACUUUCACGGAAGUACAAAAUCAUCAAGUUCGAAUUUAACACAUUCGGGAGAUCGUCAUAAACGUCAUCUUUACAGAAAUGAUUUAAAGCCUCAAAAUGAUGUCAUGACGUCGCCACUUUCCCCAUCAUCGCCACUAAAUUUUUCCGGCACUUUUCCAAUCCUAUCCAACAAUACAAAAAUUGUGAAAAAAGUGGGAGGAUAUCGACCAGCCAGUGUUUUGCUUCGUAAUUUGAGUUCAGAAAGUGAAUCUGAUUCCGGAAAUGACAAGAUCCUUCAAAACCUGAUGGAAGUUCGUUUGAAAGCUAGAGAUGAAUUAACCAAAAUUCAGUCAAAAGUUCUCAUACAAGCCAAUCCUCAAUCAUCAAUUAAUUCAAAUUCCAGUUCUACAAAAUUCAGAGAAAGGAAUUUUCUUUCAAACAAGGAAGCGUUUUUGAAUUCCGCGGAAAAUUCUGCUCGAAUAAGUGAAAAUGAUACAAACUAUGUCAGUGAUUUUGAAGAAAUUUCAAAAAAUCGAAGAAUGGAAAAACAAAAUUUCGCAAGAAAUCCAGUAUCUACCUUCAGAUCACCAAGGAAAUUUUAUUCCGAAUACAAUAAAAGCUUUACUUCCAAUCCAACAUCUGCUAGGAGUGAACCAAUUACAAUUGAUCGUCGUGCUAAUAGAAUAAAUUCUUUCAUUUAUUCAAGGAGUAACAAAACUUCAAACGAAAACUCUCCUUACUUAACAAAAUCUGCCUUCAGCAGUGGAAGAUCGGAAAUUAAAUUCAGAAAGGAAAAUUCAAAUUUAGGAAAUAACAAAAUGAGAGUUCCUGCUUUGGCAAUAAGAUCCCACGAUUUAUCUCCUUCUAUAAGCAGUAAAGAAAAAGAAAAUCAACAAUCCCUGAAUAUGAGAGCUUUGGUUACAGCUCUUUCUGAUGUUUCCUUAAAACGAGAAAAUGCAUUUGAGGAUUCUGGAAAUUCUCGUUCUGAACAUUCGGAAAAUAGUACAGGAAAUAGACAAUUUCAAAGAAGCGCAAGAUCCACUUAUUCCAAAACUCUACUUUCUUCAAACUCUCCAUCACCAGCUUUUCAAAAAACCUCUACCAGAAUCCCUGACAGAUUUAUCACAGAAUCUAAGCAGUCAUAUAAAAAUUCUGAAUUGAAUAUCCAGAAAUCGAUUUCUUCGACCGGAAAAGAAUCUUCAAUUUCCACAGCAAAGAAAAUUGAAAAAACAAGGAUGGAUUUUUUGUUAGAGAAACGCUUCCCCGAAAGUUCACGUUUUGGAAAACAUCAACUAAAAGCAUCAUACAAAAAUCAGGAAAAAUUGGAAAUUCUUACGAAUAUUUUAACUUCGAGGACAGAAUAUUCAGAAGUUAAAAGUUCAAGAGAUAAAAGAAGUGUGCGAUCCUUUGAAUUCGCAUCUUCGGAUCUUAGAACCACAAAAGAGGAUUGCUCGUACGUCUUGAAAAAAGAAAAUUCGAGUUCAGAAUCAAUUCAGAAUCCACAAACAGAUUUUGGACAGCGAGGAUCGAAAGUUGUGGACCAGGCAGAAAUAUUUUCAAUCGAGAACUUAUCGUGUGAAAAUCACCUUCCAAUUGACGAAUGCAAUCUAUCUAGAAUCCAUGGAAAAUCAGACGAUGGAGAGAAUAAAGAAGAGAUUUUGAGUGACGAAUUUUCUAGUCAAGCUUCAUCUACUGAAAGUCAUCCAGAAAAAAAUGAUUUUGAAAUGGAAAUGUCUUCUAUCACUGAGACACCAUUUAAACUUGAUCCCAUUACUGUUUUAAAAACAUCCGAGCAAUUUUUGUUCACAUCUCCAUUGGAAGAUUCAGAAUCUUCGAUUCCAAUAAAAUCGGAUAAUCCAAAUGCAUUUAUUUUACCAAGGUACAUGAAAGAUAAUUUACUUGGAGAUUGUAAGAAGCUCGAAGAGAAUUCCCCUCGCGGAAAUUUGGAUCGAUUAUUUCCGGAUAUGAAAGAAAAGGUGAUUCAAAUACAACCAGUGCUAAAGCCUGCAGCAGAAGAAUCCGAAAACCGAGAAUAUCAGCAAUCAAAUUUUCAAAAUCAGAGUGACAAAGAUGGAAUUUCUGACGAUUCUCUCAUCAACAACAGGAUGCUUGAAUCCUGCAUGAGAGAUUCGAAUCAACAAGAACAAAGAUUUCAUGGCAGAGAAAUUGACGAAAAACACACUCGUGAAUUAACUAAGCCUCACUGUCAAAAACCAAAAAUUGUAGAUUUGAGAACCAAAUAUUUUAUUCCUGAAUCAGGAAAAGAUACGAGAGAAAGAAAUUAUUUGAAUUUAAUAGAGAGUAGUACCUCCUUCAAUUCAAUGAAACUCGCCAAAUCUGAAAGUACAGCAAUUCUUUCCAUGUCGAUUGAUCAUCCAAACUUGCCUUCUAAAAGUUCUUCUUCGAUGUCAAAAUUGACUUGUCUUUUAGAUUCAAUGAAAAAAGAAAACCAGGAUCGAUUUCCUUUCACGAUAUCCGAAAGUACCAGUCGAAAUUAUUCGAAAUUCAAAGUUGAAAAUGAACAAGACCGUAAAAGCGAGGCUCUUUCAGAAUUCGAAGAACCAGAUGAAAUUUCCUACAAGCUGGACAUCCACCCCAGCGUCACAAGAUUGCCUCUUUCAGGGACGAAACCUCUUCCUUCCGAAAUAAUAAGCUGUGUUUCCUACGAAAGUCCCUCCCAAACUCGAAAUUUCCUACCUCGAAUGAGAAGCUACGUUCAUCGAUUUUCCAUGAGUCUGAGAAAGAAAAAACCAAGAAAAAAUUCAAAAUCCGACCCCAUAAAAAUGCUCUUUAAAAACUCGGAGUAUCGUCACGAAUCUGUUGGAAGUUCAGAAGACAGAAUGGAAUUAAAAUUCCUUGAAAAGGUUGUCGAGAAUGAUAAAGUAUCAUCAGAUUUUAAAAACUCUAUAGGAAAUCGAAAAAAGGUCACAAAUUUCCUAGAAACUUCGGAUAAACGUGAUCGCAAUUUCUUGAUUCAACGUUUUGAUUCCGAAACUGAAAGUAGUCAACUUGCUGAUGUGAAAAGCAGUCGAGCCAAAAGUUCACCAGUGAAUAUCAAAAGCCGAAGGUGUGGAUACUCUGGAUUAGAAGAACCUGAGCUAGAGGACUCUCAAGACUUGCCCGUCGAGACAAAACCGAAAGAACCUCCAGAGAAAGUGAAACUAAGUCCUAAAAAAGAUGUACAAUCAGUUGAUAACAUCAACGUAAAAGUUCAGGAAUCACUGAGCGAAACUGGAGCAGAAAUUAGUUGCUUUUGCUUCAAAAUGUGUCGUGGUCUCGUCCAUCCAUCGGUAGAUUCUCCAGGAAGUGUUUACCUUUCGUCGAAAAGAAAAAAUAAGUCUUUAAAUAAUCACAUAAGAGUCGUCGAGCGAUUCGGGAGUCUGGAGGGAAAGAUAGAAAAGAGAGAAAGAGUGAGUCCACUGAAGACCCUCGACGGAAAAAAGGAUACGAGACUCCGAAUCAAUUCGAUUGAGGCGCUCGCGGACGAUCGCAAAGGAGCUCCACCUAAGAAAAUCGACAAAGGCAAUCCGUUCCUCCUACCUGCCGAUUGA